CAAAAACCAAAAUUCAUAAUUCCGAAACUAACCCUUUCUCUCUCCUUCAAAAUUCAACGCAAAACACAUCAUUUCAUAACAGGUAAAACUCCGUGAAACUCCAUUUUCAUCGCUCCACAUUCUCACAGAGCGAAGAAAACCAAUGGAGCGCAGUUUUCUAUACAAGGAAUUAGCUCCUCUUGCCGGAAUGAUCGCCGCCGAGUGCGCCACCGUCGGCUCAAACACCGUCUACAAAGCCAUUAGCGGCCAUGAUAUCAGCUUCUAUGUCUUCACCUUCUACACUUGUCUCGCCGCCUCUCUCGUUCUUCUUCCUUUCGCCUUAAUCUUCCGCAGAUCUGGCGUUUUUCCGUCCGAUAAGUUGUCAUUCUUCCUCAGAUUGAUCAGCCUAUCGGCGAUGGGAGUUGGAUGUCAGCUAUUUUCGUAUAAAGGAUUGGAGUAUAGUUCGCCGACGCUUGCUUCCGCCAUUAGCAAUCUCAUUCCUGCUCUUACUUUUAUCUUGGCAGUUCUCUUUGGGAUGGAGAAACUAGCUUUGAGAAGCUCAAGCAGCAUAGCCAAAAUCGUUGGCUCGACAGUCUCCAUAACAGGUGCGUUAGUAGUGGUUCUUUAUAAAGGUCCAAUCAUCCUAUCAAACCCAUUUUCUAGGCCAACAAGAUUGAAUCUUCCUCCUCGUCCUUUGGGCUCUUCCCAACCAAAUUGGAUCAUGGGUGGCCUCUGCUUUUUUGCUCAGUACCUUCUCAACUCUUUCUGGUACAUUGUUCUGACCCAGACGAUGAGCAUAUAUCCAGAUGAACUAGUUGUGGUGUGCUUAUUCUAUGUGUUUGAGGUGAUAAUAGCUGCACCAAUAUGCCUAUUAGCCGAAGUCAACAUGGGUGCUUGGAAGCUGAAAAAUAGUCUGGAAGUGGUUGCUGUUUUAAACUCGGGAUGUGUGGGUCAAUCCUUCGUCUCUGCAAUCCACACAUGGGGUGUACAUGUCAAAGGGCCUGUUUAUGUAUCAAGUUUCAGGCCACUCUCAAUUGCCAUUGCUGCUGCUACAGGUGUUAUUUUCCUUGGGGAUGAUCUUCAUCUUGGAAGUAUAAUUGGAGCAAUGAUAAUAGCAAGUGGAUUUUACUCUAUAAUGUGGGGGAAAAUAAAAGAAGAGGACUUGAAGGGACAGGAUGGUUUCUCAAGCUUGGAGUCUUCAUCCAAAGAUAAGAUUCCAUUGUUGAAAAGCUGUAAAGUUCAAGAUGACUAAGGCAUUUUGUGAAUAUACAUAGAAACCUGCUGUCUGUUUUGCAACAAUGUAUUUUGAUCCAAGUUGUCAAUUUUUGGUUUUUUGGGAAUUGAAUCAUCAUCUAUUCAAUUGUAGAUAGCAAUUAGCAUAUUGAACCAAAUAUUCUUACAUGUAUAGUAAGUUUUAUGUUUAAUUGUUUCUUCUA